AUGUCGGCCGGUGAUGACAGCAUUCUGCGCUGUUGGGACGUCACCGCGCAGGUGCGUCCCUGCUGCUUGCCCUCUCUCUCCCCUUCAUCCUUCACCUUUCUCUCCUCUUUUCUCCCCUCCUCUCCCCUCCCCUCCUCUCCCCUCCCCUCCACUCCCCUCCCCUCCCCUCUCCUCCCCUCCCCUCCCCUCCCCUCCCCUCCCCUCCCCUCCCCUCGCCUCCCCUCCCCGCCCAUCCACGCUCUCCUGCUGAGACUACCUAGUGGGGCAGCGCAAGGGCGUGCAUGUGGCAACCACGGCAAGCAGCACCGCAUCCCACUCCCCUCUCCCAACUCCUUCCCAUCCCUGCAACCACCCCCCUCCCAUGUGCUUAGGGGAGCAGUGCAAGCGCGUCAGCACGGCAGCAGCGGCACAGCAAGACCAGGUCAUCAUGUGGCCGUGCCCCACAUGGUGGCGGACUGCCUACUGACGCCCCCCAUAGCUGCGGCGGCACAUGUCGGUGCAUCUGGUGGUGCACGGCUCACCCCUCUUCCUUCCCUGCUGCACCCCUCACGGCUUGACACCACUCUCUUCCCUCUCACCCCCCAUGCCUCCAGGCUGGUACCAAACCCGCGCUACAGCACGUGCCUGCACAUGGUGCUCGACCUCAGAGCCCAGCACAUCGCUGCCACGCCCAAAGGGGUUCCACAUGCUAGGACAGGUGGUGGGGGUGGAGGCGCAUGCUUCCGUCUAUUCAUUCCCUUCCUCUUCCCCUUUUUGGCCUUCCCCCAGUUCCACAUGCUAGCGCAGGUGGUGGGGGCGGAGGCACAUGCGCUGGCAGAGCUGGCGGAGCUGCAGGGCUUUGUGCUGCCGCUGCUAAGCGCCUCCACUGCUGCCACCGCCACCGCCCAGGCAGACGCCAUCGCCGCCGCUGCCGCCCUCCAGGGGGGCACCGUGGAGGAUGACUUGGCUGUGCUCUCAUGUGCGGCUUAG